AUGGGUGCCAAGACCAAUAAGACUAAUAAGUCCAAGAAGAGAGGCAAGCAAGUCAAGGUUGAAGAAGAGAAGUCAGAGUACUAUGUCUCAGGUAUUAGUGACGGAGCGAUCAAGAGACUUGCCAGAAGAGGCGGCAUCAAGAGGAUGGGAAGAGAGGUAUACUCACAAGCUAGAGAGGUCUUCCUCAGAUUUAUAAACAGGCUUGUCGAAGACUCAUGGAGUUACUGCGAAUGCGCCAGAAGAAAGACCAUCCUUCCUAUUGAUGUUGUGUACGCUCUCAGAAGACAUGGCAGAAAUUUGUAUGGAUAUGUCUAUGAUGCUGAAGUUAAGGGAUAUCAAGGUAUCACCCACGCUUCUGAUGACUAAGAAGUUACCAAGCAUGGUGAUAGAGAAUGCUAAGAAUGCUCAGUGACUAUUUCCUUCUCUCCAUAAUGAUUUUGAAAUACUUGC